AUGGAUAUAUGUGGAGUCUUCCGGGAACUGCCACCUCAGCUCCAGUACUUCACCCUUCAAAGUGACAUGCUCGAUCUUCCGCUGCCUGACAAAGUAUGCGUCGUCCUCCGAAGUGAAAACCACUUGCAGACGGACGUAACGCGUCUUGGACAGGAUCAGCAUCAGGAUCUUCUUCCUGCUGUGUUGGAGAGGAGACCAGAAGCGGAGAGUGAACAGCAGUAG